UCUCCCUACUGUUGAUAACAGUCUAAAUUUGCACUGACCUUGAUAUGAUUUUUUAGUUCGAUUGUUGAUAAACAAAUGUUCUUUACCUAGUUUUAAAUUUUUAAAGUUUGAGCAAACAAUAUCAAAACAUAUCAAACUAGUUAUUCAUGUAACCACAUGUAACCACAGUGGCCCGAUACUCCAAUAGACCAAUAGUUAUGUUUGCGUAAGAGGUCUCGGGGGUUGAACAUUUCUAUUUAAACAGGAUUUAUGAUUAUAGACUAAAGGGACAUGUAUCGUUAAAUACUACCCCACGUGUUGAUGAAAGAUAUUAUGUUUUAGUUUAUUGAUAGAUAUUAAUAUUAAUAUUUAUUGAAUAAUAGUGAUAUUUUAACUCUAGAGGAAUGUACUUCCUAGUUAGCUCAAGUGGUUGAGCACAUGCUUUACAAGUAAGAGAUCUUGGGUUCAAGACUUGGGAAAUAUAUAUAGGGGGUUUUCUCCUUAUUGAUAUAGGCUUGGCUUGGGUAUACUCAGGUUCAAAUCUGAGGAGGCAAGGUUUACCCUUAUUGAUCGUCGUGCCUUCGGACGGAUUAGUAGGGGGUUUUUCCCCAUCGGGUAUUUGAAAUAGGCAUUUCUACUUCGAGUGAGCUCUCUAACGUGGACCCGGUUAACACAACGUAUGUUAAACCUCCUGUUGUCGAAUCGCGAAGUUCUCAAACGAAAUUCACCUUUCAAAAAAAAAAAUUCUAGAGGGAUGGUUCAUGUGAAAAUUGUAGACCACAAGGACGAUUACAUAAUUGGUAAUCAUCUCAUUGAAGGAUUCAGAGCUAUUUGUAACUUUUCAGUUAAUCAAGGACUAAAAGUGAACAAAAGCUGUUACAUAUCAUUAUUAUUUUAGUACCAGACGUAAAAAUUAAAGACCGUUAAUUAAAAACAUUUAUUUCAUUGGACUACUUGUCUGCCGGAAAAGAAAAGGAUCAUCGGAAAAUAGGAGGAUUAUUAUGAAGGUAUCUUCCGAAUGUAGAAAAUGGAUGAUAUUGUCGGCGGCGAUAUGGAUACAAGCAUUUACCGGUACAAAUUUUGAUUUUCCAUCUUAUUCCACCCAAAUGAAGAAAACACUAGAAAUAAAUCAGGUGCAACUAAAUUACAUGGCAAUGGCUUCAGAUAUCGGUAAGCUGUUCGGGUGGUGUUCCGGGGUUCUUUUGUUGUAUUUUCCGACGUGGGUUGUUCUUUUCAUGGCUGCAUUCCUUGGUUUAUUUGGCUACGGUCUUCAAUGGAUUCUCAUUCAGCAACAAUUCUCUUUACCUUACUUCAUGGUGUUUAUUCUGUCUUUAUCAGCCGGUGGCAGCAUCCCUUGGUUCAACACGGUUUGUUUCGUUUUAAACAUCAAAAACUUCCCAGGAAAUUGGCCACUUGCUGUAUCUCUAAGUGUUAGCUUCAAUGGAGUGACAGCAGCUUUAUACAACCUCAUAGCCACGAAAGUUAGCCCGAAUGACAAAAGCACCUCUUACCUUCUUCUAAACGCCCUUAUCCCUUUCAUCGUAGCUACUGCAUCCCUAGGCCCAAUUCUCCAACAACCCGGCUCUAUAAAAGACGAUCAAAUAAAUGAAACUGUCCUCAAAGAUGACGCACAUAUAUUCAUCUGUCUGUAUAUAUUAGCAGCCAUUACAGGCCUCUAUCUUUUCUUUUUAAAACCAAAAUCACAAAAUUUAUUAGUUGUGGCAAUGUUGUUGAUAGUUCUUCCAUUCAUUUUUCCAAAAAUCGUUUAUCUGCUUAAAACGGGUCACCGGGCUUAUAUUUCAGAAAGGCACCGGAUUGAAGGACCGAGUUACAAUUUGGUCGAGUUCAAUGAGCAUGAAAAUUCUCCUGAAGCAUGUCUUGAAGAAUGUUUUAGUCCUAUGUCCAAAAAGAAAGUACAUGGUUGUUCGGUUUUUGAUAUGAUUACUGAGAUAGAUCGAUUAAGUCUUCUUGGUGAAGAACAUACUGCUACAUAUCUUCUGACUCGUUUUGAUUUUUGGCUUUACUAUAUUGCAUAUUUUUGUGGGGGUACUAUUGGACUCGUUUACAGUAAUAACCUAGGACAGAUUGCUCAAUCACUUGGGUACAUUACUGAGACAAAAGCUCUCGUCACAAUCUAUUCUACAUGCUCAUUUUUUGGUCGUCUUCUUUCGGCUGCUGCAGAUAUGCUUGCCUGCUUUUACCACCAGACUUCUACGAAGAUGUAUACUACAAGGACAGGGAGGCUAUCUCUUGCACUCGUGCCAAUGCCUAUUGCUUUUCUAAUGCUGGUUCUAUCCUCCAACUUGACAGUCUUGAGUGUAGCCACGGGGUUGAUAGGGAUCUGCUCUGGGUUCUUAGUUUCAACAGCAAUAUCAAUCACUUCCGAGCUUUUUGGUUCAGAAAGCUCCGGGAUCAAUCAUAACAUUGUCAUAACCAACAUCCCAUUGGGAUCAUUACUAUAUGGCGUUACUGCAGCUCUAAUAUAUGACCGUCACAUUGGAAGCCCAAAAGUGAUCGAUCCUGAAAAAGGAUCAACGGUUUGCAUUGGUCAAGAUUGUUAUGACGAGACAUUUAUCGUAUGGGGAUGCAUUUCUUUGAUAGGCUUGGCUUCUAGUUUUCUGCUUUUCCUAAGAACAAAACCAGCUUAUGAAAUAUCUUAUAAGAGAAAAAAUAGACAGAUUACACUCUGUGAUGAAGGUUAGGGACUUAAGGUUACCAGAAGAGAUUGUUAUUGACUUUUCUUGUGUUGAUCAUGUAAAUGAAAGAGUGAUAUAUAUGCAGAAAUUAGUGAUCUUCAACUUCGAAAACAUGUUAACAGGUGCAUCAGGAGAGCAGUAGAUGAUGAAUUAGUAGAAAUGAGUUUCUCAUUUGGUAGAUCUCUGGGGUGUUAAUGUAUGUAUUUCUUCGUCACUCGUCAGUGAACAAUGUUGACUUUACCAGUCAAACUGUUAAUUUAUUGUAGUAAAAUGCAUAAUACAAAAUGUUGCACUGUGAAA